UCGGUCCAUAACAACCCCUGUCACGGAGGCUGAAAGCUACCGCAUAAAAACGUGUGCAUUUAUCGGAUAUGUGUUGUUGCUAAGGGCGUGGAUGUGUGUCUUUAAAUUGAAUUGUCUCCUUGCAAUGGAAAGUGUAAUUUGAGAGAGACACCGCAGAAAUACAGCCCGAACGAACGGUAAAAUGCUCUGAGCACGUCAUCCACACUGGGAGAAUACCGUGCCGCAGUGAGCAAACAAUCUGAUCGCUUCUAUUCCGCUCCCUGACACUGCUGAACAGAACUUCUCCCCAGCGGAGGCGAAUAGUUAACGGAGUGAUGCGAUGGGGACGAUGCCGUCCCUGACUUCAUUCUGCUUUUAAACCAAGAAAAAACUGUAAUGAAUACUCAAUAACCAGCUACGGGAUCGGCUAGCCUAAGAUUAUAGCGGUCACAGCUGCGCACCUGACAUUUACAUGGUUCUUUUGAGGGAUUAGAGAGAGACGGAACUAUCCUGGCACGACAACUAUCCGUGAGUGUUUAUUGUAGCAUUUCUACCUACCACGAGUUCUGCUUCUAAACUGUAACCAAUUUGAUCAGUUAAGAAAGCAAUGUUGCAAUAAACUGCAUAAAAUAGGAAUGAAUUACAUUGUAAUUUAUUAAUGCAACAUUUCAAUUGGCUGGCUGGCUGGAUUUGUCAUAAGCUGAGCCGCAUUAAAUCAAGCAGUGGCACCAUUGCACCUGUUAUAAGAGUUUGUAAUCAAUUGGUAUUUUAUAAAUAUGCCAGAUAUCUCAAGUGAGAUUAUUAUUUUAGGGAUAGUAUAGCUUCGUAUCUGCGUCAGUACAGGCGAACGUUGAAGGUAUGCACUCCCUCGCCGCUGGGGAAGGACAAUAAUAGUAGUCGUCUCUGAAUGUCACCGGUAAGUGUCUAAACAUUUCCCGGGGAUGGAUUCCGGGGACGACUCGGGCUCGGACCCGCCACUUGGAUCCACAUUCUCCUCGGUGCCCAAUUUAGACUCUGACAUCAAUGACAAUAGGCUUAUCUAUGAGAACGGUGGACAGCGGAAUGUCAACAUUGAAACGGCAGUGCUGCGUGGGGCAAGCGACCAGAGCGCGUUUCCCUUAUCGGACUACCGGGGACUCGUCCGCCAGAGGUUCAUUCGCAGAAGUUUGUGGUUUUCGGACGCGGACGACCAAGCGUUGGACGCGCCAGAAUGCGGUAACAGCACUCCAGUGCUCAGCGUCCACCUGCGCACCAUCGUGGACCGAACCCGAACCCCCGCGAUUGGACCACGCGUGGCUUUCCAGGUCCAGGAGAGCUCGAGCACCGAGAGCCAAGUGGGGCAGAAGGACAGCGCAACUGAAAGCGUGAGCGCGGAUGAGGAGAAGGAGAGGAGCGUGGCCGACCCCAAACCAGAUGAUGCAGCUGAACCGUCGCCUGAUACCACUGGGAAAGCUGGGAGUGAUGAAAACGAGGAUGAGAACGAGAUGAAAGCCGUGUCCACCUCACCCGGGGGCCGGUUUCUCAAGUUCGAUACUGAACUCGGGAGAGGGUCUUUCAAGACUGUUUACAAAGGUCUGGACACAGACACCUGGGUAGAAGUCGCUUGGUGUGAACUUCAGGACCGUAAACUGACUAAAGCGGAGCGUCAGAGGUUUAAGGAGGAGGCAGAGAUGUUGAAGGGUCUCCAGCACCCCAACAUUGUGCGUUUCUAUGACUUCUGGGAGUCACCGGUCAAAGGGAGAAAGUGCAUCGUUCUUGUGACAGAGCUCAUGACCUCAGGGACACUAAAAACGUAUCUCAAGCGUUUCAAGGUGAUGAAGCCCAAGGUUCUGAGGAGCUGGUGUCGACAGAUCCUGAAGGGCCUCCACUUCCUCCACACCAGGACCCCUCCCAUCAUCCACAGGGACCUGAAGUGUGACAACAUCUUCAUCACCGGCCCCACCGGUUCCGUCAAGAUAGGAGACCUGGGAUUAGCUACGCUGAAGAGGACCUCCUUCGCCAAGAGUGUCAUCGGCACCCCAGAGUUCAUGGCCCCUGAGAUGUAUGAGGAGCACUAUGAUGAGGCGGUGGACGUCUAUGCCUUCGGGAUGUGUAUGUUGGAGAUGGCCACCUCAGAAUACCCCUACUCCGAGUGCCAGAACGCUGCUCAGAUCUACCGCAAAGUCACCGGCGGGGUGAAGCCUGCCAGUUAUGAUAAGAUCAGUGACCCAGAGAUUAAGGAGAUCAUCGGGGAGUGUAUCUGCCAUCGGAGGGAAGAGAGGUACACCAUAAAGGACCUCUUGAACCAUGCCUUCUUUGCGGAGGACACAGGCGUAAGGGUGGAGCUGGCCGAGGAGGAUGAUGGGAAAAAGAAUUCCAUUGCCCUCAAGGUGUGGGUGGAGGACCCUAAGAAGCUGAAGGGGAAGUACAAGGACAGCGGGGCCAUCGAGUUCACCUUUGACCUGGAGAAAGAGACCCCAGAGGGUGUGGCCCAGGAGAUGGUGGAGUCGGGCUUCUUCCUGGACAGCGAUGUGAAGAUAGUAGGAAAGUCCAUCAAGGACCGAGUGGCUCUCAUCAAAUGGAGGAGGGAUCGGACCGUCCCUGCAGUCGGCACCCAGACACAGAACCUGCUACAGUGGCCCAGCAUGGGGUUACCACCACAGGGGGCGCCACUGGCCCCAGCAGAGUCUGAGGAGGAAGAGGGUGACCAGCCCCUUACCCUGCUCUGCAGCCUGCCGGCCCCAUACAGUCAGCACAGUGCCCCCUACCAGUCCCUCCCAGAGCCCAUAUCUACACCCCAGGUCUACAGCCCACCUGUGCAGUCCCAGGCCCAGCUGCACCAGGCGGCCUACCAGCAGCCCACUGCACAGCCUCCGCAGGUGGCCUACUCCCAUGCUAGUACCACACAGUUUCAUCAGGGGGCCAACCAGUCUCCACCUCCCAGUACAGGAUUGACCCAGCCCCAGGCUCAGCAUAUCUCUGCUUCAGCCACACCAGGGCCUACAGUACAUAAGAGCAGACCAGCUGCAACACAGAGCUUCCCAGCUGCUGCCCAUGUCCCCACUGGACAGGCACAGGCACAGCUUACUGCUCCUGUCCAGCCCAACCAGGAGUUGUCUACCAGUCAGCCUCUACCUGAGCAGUGCUCUGACAUCACCACCAGUCUUGUCCAAUCAGCUGCCUUCCUGGCCAGCAGUGCUCCUCCCCCUCUACAGCAGCCUGCCCAGGCCACACCCCCUAUUGAGCCACUACAGAUCAAGACAGAGAUCUGGAUCAGUACCCCUCAGGACCCCCAGGAAGAGGCUCCGGUGUCACCACUGGCCCCGCUCCACCCCGUCCAGCCUGCCGUCCUGUCCCCUCCCCGGAGGGGGCAUAUGGUUGACCCCGACCCUGCUGCUGCAGCCAGGUCUGAUCAGACACUCCCUGAGAGUCCAGCCCCGGACCCACCCCUGGCUCCGUUCUCGGCUCUGGCUGCAGCCUUGCAGCAGGCUGGCACCCAGAAAGGUACCAGCCUGCCCACGACUCAGCAGAACCUGGAAACUGAGUCCAUAUCUACCGUUUCCCAACCCGAGGCCAGCCAAGAGGAGCCAGUGCAAGAGAAACCCAUGGCGUUUCACAGUUAUGCAGGCUAUGACAGCUUCAACUCAGAUGUGGCGUCGGGUAAAGAGAUGAGUGAUGGUUACGAUGGCUCGGCCAGCAGCGGGAAGGGAGACGGGAAGUCCCGGAAACACCACCGCAAGUCGACCCGCACACGCUCACGCCAAGAGAAGACCAACAAGCCCAAACUGAGCAUGCUCAAUGUGAGCAACACGGGCGAUAAGAUGGUGGAGUGCCAGCUGGAGACCCACAACCACAAAAUGGUAACCUUCAAGUUUGACCUGGACGGAGAUGCUCCAGAAGAAAUCGCUAUUUACAUGGCAGAGAAUUUCUUCAUCCUACCCAUAGAGAAGGCGAUGUUCAUUGACCAGUUGAAGGACAUCGUGGACAAGGCUGAGGACAUGCUGAGCGAGGACAUGAAGGGAGAGACGGACUCCGCUUUGGGGGGCAGUCCCCAACUGGGACACACCUCUUGGGGGCUGGGGGGAGAGAGUCAGCAGCCUGGAGUACCCCAGCCUGUUUAUCAGCAGAAUGUGCUCCACACAGGGAAGCGAUGGUUCAUCAUCUGCCCAGUGGAGGAGACUCCCACCUCCAACCAGGAUGGGACUGCAACUAGUCAACACGAUGGGACUACAACUACUCAACAUGAUGGGACUACAACUACUCAACACGAUGGGACUACAGCUACUCAACACGAUGGGACUACAGCUACUCAACAUGAUGGGACUACAACUACUCAACACGAUGGGACUACAGCUACUCAACAUGAUGGGACUUCUCAGCCUGAUGGAAGUGCUGUGCCAGUAUCAGCGUCCUCCUCCAUAGCUAACUCUGUGUCUGGGGGGAGUGGAGGCUUCAACUAUGAGGGCUAUGGCCUCUGUAGCCCUCCCAUCCUGUCCUCCACAGACCCUCUCCUCCUGGCUAUGUCCCAUGUCUCAGCUCCCUCUGGCCCCCCAUCUGUCCAACCAGGCCAUCCUCCAGAGGGCCAGGCCCACAGCUCUAUCCUGCCCAGGCUGCAUCACACCCAGUCAGCCUUGGCUCUGCCAGUAGCCCCCUCUGGAGGUCUCCGUAGCUCCCUGCCUGGAGAGGAGCACCAGGGGGGAGGGCGUCUUCGUGCCAUCUCCCCCAUCCACGCUGUCCAGAAGAUGGCGGAGAUGGCAUGUGCUGCCUCCAUGGUGGAGGAGGUGCCCUGCUGCCCACUGGCCAUGCCAAUGUUCCUGGAUGUGAGUGGUGGAGCCCAGGGGAAAUCAGCUCCUCUCACCCUUCUGCCCUCCCAGGACCCCUCUACCUCCUCAGCCAGAGAGUCCCUCCAACUUUCCUACCCCUCCGUUGCCCGCCCUGAACGCUCCCAGCCACCUGUGGUGCUCCUGCAGCCCUUCUCCAUGGGUGGAGCAAAGGCCCCCUCGCUGCCCCAGAGCCCUGCCCCCCACCAGCACACGGCAGGGGGGCCCAGUGAGUCAGAUGGGGAGGGGCGAGGGGUGGGGGGCCGAGGAGGCUUUGUGGACAGCACCAUCAAGACUCUGGACGAGAAGCUGAGGACCCUGCUGUACCAGGAGUACGCCCCCAUGUAUCCAUCAGGCAGUGCUGCGGAGACGCCAGGCUCGGGGACGGAGUACGUCCAAUCCCCUCCUGGCCCAGACAGCUCCACCUUGGGUUCAGGAAGCAACACUCCCCGACCUGUGGGGGAGGGGCGCUACCGGACAGGGGAACAACUGCCUCAGAUUCCAGAGAGGAUGGACAGUUUGAGCACGUUGAGUGAUUCUGCGGUGUGUGCUCCCAUGUCUAGGAGACAAAACGUACCACACUCUACCUCCUGCUCUGGCUCUGGAUCCGGAGGCCAGUUUAAGAUGAUCACAGGCCUUCCUGAUGUGGUGACGCAAGGAGAGCGGAAGCAGAGGAGUUGGAGCAGCGCUGCCUCCCCGGCGCACCCUGCUGGCCAUCUCUUAGACUACCGCAGCAGUGCCCAGGCCGCCUCCACCAUUAUCGGACGUUUCUCAGUGGUCAGAACCGAGGACGACAUCACCCUGAGGAGCUAUGACAGCCGCUACUCCGCCCCGCCAGACUUCUACCUUGAUACACCCCCCGCCAUGGCCAAACGGGGGUCGUUGACACACGCCUCCACAUCCACCUCCGUGUCUGUUGAUGUUACAGUCCACGCUCACGCGCGCUUCCUGUCCUCUGACUCGGGGGCGGAGAGUAGUCCGGCCAAGCUGGCCCCGGCCACGCCCUCACGCCACGGUCGCUCAGGGGAGCGUAGAGGAAGUGACCUCAUGAAGAGAGCGGUGGCUUUCCUGCGCCGUUCAGGCCGUAGUAGUAGUGUGCAGAGCUCUGAUUCGCUGAGCCGGCAGGGGGGCGUGCAUGGCUUGGCCUAUGUGAGCAGUGAUAAUGACUCUGAGUUAGAGGACUCGGAUAUGAAGAGAGAGCUGACCAGACUCAGGGAGAAACAUUUAAAGGAGCUCUCGGAGCUGCAGGCGCACCACAGAGGGGAGAUAGAGUUGCUGUACCGCAGGCUGGGUAAAGCCACCUCACCCCCCCUGGGUCUCUCUCACUCAGUUCCCCCCAAGCGGAGGAGCAAGCACAAGCACAAACUGAAGGCUGAAAAACUCCUCAGUCCUCUGGUACAACAGCUUAGGCAUGUCAACACCAAAACCAGCGACUCUGGCAAAACCAGUGAGACUACAGUCAGUCUGAACGGGUCUCCAGCCAAAGCUCCAGUACAGUUGGACAGAAGAGCCCGUUCAGGUACCAGUCACUUGGAUACCUCCACCUCUGAACCUGUCCAGACCAAGCAGCCCUGCUCCCUCAAGGGUUCCCUCUCUUCAGACAACAUCUACGCUGGAGCUGGACUACACGGAGAGAGGACAUGUCCACAAGCUUCACCAGGCCAAGGGUCAACUCUGAAACGCCUCUGCCUUGGAAAAGAUCGUGGAAGGGGGACUGGAGCAGGCCCAGGUGCAUCCCCCCAGCCACCCCAACAACAGACAGCCAGCUCUACUCCUCCCCACCAGACAGUAGCAGGGCUGGCCCAAGCCCAGGCCAACAACAGCAACAACAAGACAGGCACCUACACCGGCACCUACAUGGGCUCCUACACAGAGUCCUUCACAGACUCCCUUCACAGGAUAGUGGAUGAUUGGACCAUGGAGGCCCUGGGUGUCGCCCGGCGCCCGCGGACCAGCUCCCUCAACCUCAGAGGGCAACCACUUUGGAACGAGGACCCCGGGGGGCCCAGAACAAGAGACAGACUGUUCAGCGCUCCAGAUGCACCUGCCAGGACAGCCCCUGGCUCUGAAGGCCCCCAGCUCCCCCUGUCAUGGCCGAUGAUUGACAAUCAGGCCCUGUGCUCAGUGAUGAAGACCAGCUCCCCGAGACAGGCAGAGUUCCAUCCUGGCUACAUGCUGGCCCAUUCAGGCCCAGACCUGUUUGGGGGGCUGCUGCUCUCGCCCCUCUCGCCCCUCUGUGUAAGCCUUUGGCCUGAGCUGCUGUCCCCCUUGGGUUCAGGGGUGUUUGCUUUACCUGCCGUGCCCCCAACCUUUGGCACCACCACCCCUGGUCCACCCUACGAACCACCCGACCCCAAACCCAGGAACCUCUAACCCCUGUAGCACCAUGUCUUCCAACUAUGUUUCCAAAAUGAGUUAUAUGUAGUUAGAGCUCUAGUCUUCCCUUACCACAAUGUAAACUAUUUCUAUUUAACCAGCAUAUAUGUAUAUAAUAAGUAUUUGAAUACACACUGAGUGUACAAAACAUUAAGAACACCUUCCUACUAUUGAGUUGCCCCCCACCUUUUGUCCUUAGAACAGCCUCAAAUCGUUGGGGCAUGGACUCUACAAAGUGUCAAAAGCGUUCCACAGGGAUGCUGACCCAUGUUGACACGGAUGCUGGCCCAUGUUGACACAGUUGUGUCAAGUUGGCUGGAUGUCCUUUGGGUGG